AAAUGACACAAAGUUCUUUCUGUUCAUCUCAGUUGACCCUAAGAAAUUGAGUCCUGGAUGCACCCCGACCAUUUGACAUUACCUUUGUUGACAAUACACAAAAAGCUUCGGUUCUCUGCCGACUAGUUGAAGCAACUAUUUCUGGGAGGAAGUGUUUUCCUUUGAUCACAUUGUGGGUUCCACGCACGUGGCCUGGAGCCUGCAAGAUACACUGGUUGCAAUUUCGUCCAAGCAGAAUCAGAUCCUUCUGAAAGUCGUUCAAGUUUGUUUCAACGAAAAUCAAGUGUGGAAUUAGCCAACCCCAACUUGCUUGGAAAAAUGUUUUGUUGUUGUUCUUGUUGUUGAAGAUGGAGUGUGGAAUGAAGCGGCAGCUAUGUACGCAGAUUGUUUUGCUACAACAGCGAUGAUUGGAAAGGCUGGCGACGGUUAUGGUGAAGCUAUGGAGGGUUCUGUACGUGAAAACCUAUAUAGUACAGUAUUUAUCAAUUUCCUGUGUCCUCGGAAGAAAAAAGUCCCCAGAUCCGAUCUCCAACGAAGCAACUAUCAUGGAGGGUUCCAUCCAGCCCCCUACCGUUGAUGCCGAAGCAACCAGCGCCGCCACACCCAACCCCGCCGUCGAUGCCGCCCCCCUCUAUCCCGGCUGGGUUCUCCUCGAGAAGGAGGCCUACGACGACAAGUGCGAGAACGGCACAACCGCUGAAGCCAAAACGAUCGCCGGCCUCACGGUCAAAGUUACCUUCUUCCUCGCGGACCCGCCGGCUGUCUCCCGCUUUUGCGUCUAUGGCCCCGAACUCGAGCACGAGGAUUACCGCUUCCUGCCAAGGGUUGUUUUCUCGGAGAAACAUCUCCUUCUCCUCCACAUCCAAUUCGGCCGCCGCCCUGGUAGCGCCGUCCGCGAGCCUCCUCCUCAUCCCGCCCAAUACUUCGUCUAUUGGGCUGCACAUGGCCAGCCGUCCCUUACACCGAUCCCGGCUACUCGUCGGCCUGCUGGCAGCAUUGCAUCGUUUCCCAUUGUCUUGCCGUUCAACAAAGAACACGAACACGGGGAUUUCCUUGUCGCUGAUCUAGCUAUCACGCCGACCCGUGGGCACUAUGUCCUCCACACCUUCUCGUCCAAGAACAACCAGUGGACCACCACGCCGUUGCAGUUGCAGGCACCUCCUCCCAUGACAGACGACCUGCCCAGUCUACCCCACAAGGCGAUCGCGCUCGGAGCGGGCGCCAUAGGCUGGAUCGACCUCUCGCGAGGCAUCCUCGUCUGCAACGUGUUUGACCCGGACCCUGUUCUCCGUUUCAUCCCGCUGCCAAAGCCUGAAUUUGACCUGCGCCGGAGAGGUGACCCGCAGCGCAUCCGUGACGUCACCUGCUGCAAUGGGUUUAUAAAGUUCGUCGAGAUGGAGCAAUAUCCCAGACCCGAUUGCAAUAUCGAGAGGAACUUCAAGACGACCAAGGAUCUCGACACCCAACACGUCCUCUAUGAUUCGGACCUCUUCUUACGAAGCUUUCAGGAUCUAACGGAGGAGCCCAUCAUCCCCCUCACCUGGAAGAUCCGGACAUGUUUCAGGCACAUGUCUUGGAACCUUUGGUGCAAAGCGCACCCUACUCUCCAUGUUGAUGACAUCUCGGUCAACGACCCCAGUUACUACAUGGAUUUGCCUGAGCUGUGGGAUUUCAGCGCUGCAAAAUUCACGCUGAGGAAUCUCACAGCAGUUCGCCCAACGCUCAGCGUUCACGGUGGCGAGCUUGUCUACCUUGUGUUGAAGAAGGUAGGGGCUGAUGAUAACAAGGCAUGGGUGGCUGGUGUUGAUCUUCGGAACAAGACGCUGGAAGUACUGUCUUCUAGUUUCUGCGGGAGGCCCUUCCUUGCAUGUACAUUCUCUGGAUAUCUGAAUACAACUCCAAGGUCAUGUGCCCCAGAAGAUGGCUGUGGCCAGAAUUGUCCACUGAAUCGUUAUCUUAGGCAGGGGAAUAUUAUUCAAAACAACCCGCUGACAAUGCAGACCAAGGGUGGCUACUCUAGGAGUUCCAUUGAUGAACACGACAAUGGCGUGCACCCAGUCAACAGCUACAUAUUCCAGCCACAGCUCGUUGUACCGCUGCCGCACGGUUUUCCACAAACACAGCAAAACAAUUGCACCCCAUCAAGAUCAGGAUAUGUUGGCCAACCAUGGCUGGUAAUGCCGAUGGGCAAUCGCUUCCAGCCGCAGAUGCCUCCGGAGUUGACGUCCCCGGAUGUGCCCUUCAACACACUGAUGCCUCGGAUGCCGAUGGAUGACCGCUUCCUGUCACAGAUGCCUCCGACGCCAGUGUCCCUGGCUGUGCCCUUCAACACACUGAUGCCUCGGGUGCCGAUGGAUGCCCGCUUUCUGUCACAGAUGCCUCCUGUGCCAUCGUCCAUGGCUGUGCCCUUCAACACACUGAUGCCUCGGGUGCUGAUGGAUAACCCCUUCCUGUCACAGAUGCCUCCGGUGCCAACUUACCAGGCUGCUCAUCAUAGUCCCAUAAGAUAUUAGGUCCUGGAUGCAUCCGAGCCAAUUGACAUCACCUUUGUGGACAUUACACAAAAAGGUACAUAAAAAGUGUAGGGUCUUACAAGCUCUGCUGCUAGGGGUAAAGAAGUGCAGCAAGAGUACUUCCACGCCAGCACCUUGAAGGAACCAUCAGGACCAUUGCUCUUGGAUCAGUGAUGAGACAAACCAGCACCAACCCAAUGGUUCUUCAGAGCCGUCGACAUCCUUCAUCUGGAAAAGACAGAAACAAAUGAACAAAAUCAGCAUCUUCAUCGAAUGCUGAAGAACUGGAUCAUUUGAAAAGAAAACAUACAUAACCUAGUGUGCACAAGCUUUUCAAGAGCUUGGCAUCUUUGUGCCAUGAAAUGGCAAUGGCUCAUGAUAAUGUGUUUAUUUAUAGCUAAAGAAACAUUGUUACACAAGCAUAAGGUACCUCAGCCUACCUACACAGCCCCUUUCAUCUCCCUCAUUGUUCAAAGGUCAAUCCAAAGUGCCCAUAGGGAAAGCCAGAUGUGUCGUUCCUUGUGACAAUUUCUGGACAUGCUAGGAGCUUUAUUCCCCUAGUUGCCAAUAUUUAGGCUAUAGUUUGGUGUUUCUUACACUCGAUGCCUUUUUUUCUUGAGGUGGUGGGGUUUUUCUUCAAGGUGGGGAAGCUGGUGUUUAUCUGGAUAUCAAGUGGCCUUCUGUUAACUAGACUCUGCACCUUUUGUGUCAG